UAUUGGUCUACACAAGCUGCUAAUGUGCGCGUUGUGUGUCUUCGCACUGUGCCUCCCUGUUAGAAAUGGCGCUGCGGUGCCGGGGCAGGACAGCACAUGCUCCCCGGCUUGCGCGCCUCCAGCAGCACACAGGCAGCCUUGUCCGACCUACCCCAUUACCCAGCAUCCACCGCAGCGAGUUCACGCGAACUCCCCGUUAGCAGCCCCGGCGCGGCUUCUGCUGCAAGCGCGUUAUCUGCUAACCGACCUGAGCCGCUCCGCACUCUCAGCCGCCGCCAUAGCUCACACGGAUAACAUGGCUGAACUGUUGAUGGAAUGUGAGGAGGAAGAGCUUGAGCCAUGGCAGCAAAGAGCUAAAGAAGUGGAUGUUGACGAUGAUGAUGAUGACGAUGAGCCAAUCUUUGUUCGAGAGAUAAGUGGUUCAAAAACACCCAACACAAAUAAUACACCUGUAGCCAAGCCUGGUCCAUCUGCACAGGUUGAGAAUGGGACGCCUACUAGAGAUUUCUCUUUUGUAGGAGUCAAUACAUUUCAGACAUUAAGCAACCACUACAAGCCCCCUGCUGCAACACAUUCCGUUACUCAACCAAUGUCACCUAUGUAUCUGCCUAUUACUAGACCGGUUACCAGUUCUGCUGUUGUUCAACCACUGCCAAGGCCCAUUGGCAUGCAAGAGCCAAUAAGGAGACCCCUCACUGGAUGUUUACCAGCACAGCAACCGCCUAGGCCAAAUCUAAUUAUGCAGCCGGCUUGUAGGCCUAUGACCUUUACGUCAAACACUCAGCCAGUAUGUCGAAACGUCACAUUUCCUACAUUGUCACAACCAGCUCUUAGACCUGUUGCCACCAUCACUGCACAGCCAGUAAUAUUAAAUCAGGGUUACAUUGUGAACUCGCCCCAAGUUUCAUCUAAUAAUUCUCCUAAUGUAAUGUAUGCUUUGCGACAGAGUACUCCAUUAUCACAAUACCAAAGUGUGCAAACAAUCACCACAACAGGAAGUUCUCCAUUAGCUCGACCACUCCAACCAUUACCCCAAAUCCGCCCUGUUUCAACUCCUGCAAGAACAGCACCCACUUACAUUUAUAGGCCUACUCCUCCAAUCCCAUCGGUGAUGCAAAACAACAUGAACCUAGUACCUGUACUCCAGCAGCCUUUACAACAGAAUUCCCAGAAAACCCAACAAACUAUCCUUACACAAAGCUCUGCAGCAAAUAUUGGACGAAGUGAAAAUGCAUUACUGGAAAAACGAUCAGCUCCUCCUGAUGUCACCAUUGCUUCACCGAAAAAGCCAAAAACCAAUGAAAAUGUCAUAAAUAACAGACCAGUUGCAACAUCUACUACGUCUACUCAAGCAUCCGCACCAAUGAGACAACCAACAACUCAGUCACACACUACGCCUACAAAAGGUACUGGUUCAGCAACAACUCCAAUAAAAAAUGGAACAGCAUUCCCUCAGGCUUGCCCAAAGUGCAACAUACACUUCAACCUCUUGGAACCUAUGAAGAAGCAUAUGACGUACUGUUGUCCAGAAAAAAUGCAGAGCUUUGGAAUAACAAGCCCAGAUGCUUCUAAUCCUCAAAGUACAGUAGAGGAGAAUGACAAAGGAAAGCUGAUAAUGUUGGUCAGUGACUUUUAUUAUGGAAAGCACUCUGGAGAUCCUCAGCUGAUACAACAAGAGCAGAAGACGCAUACAACGUUUAAGUGUUUCAGCUGUCAAAAAGUUCUGAAAAACAACGUACGCUUUAUGAACCACAUGAAGCAUCAUUUGGAACUUGAGAAGCAGAGUACUGAAAGUUGGGAAAAUCACACCACCUGCCACCACUGUUAUCGACAGUUUCCUACUCCUUUCCAGUUGCAGUGCCACAUCGAGAGCUCACACACACUCUAUGAAUCCACAACUAUUUGCAAGAUCUGUGAGUUAUCAUUUGAUUCUGAGCAAAUUCUUCUACAACAUAUGAAGGAUAGUCAUAAACCCGGAGAAAUGCCGUAUGUUUGUCAGGUGUGCAAUUACAGGUCUUCACUUUUUGGUGAUGUUGAUAGUCAUUUUCGAUCUACCCAUGAGAACACUAAAAGUUUGCUCUGUCCGUUUUGUCUCAAAGUUAUUAAAUCUGGAACACCAUUCAUGCAGCAUUAUAUGAAGCACCAGAAUAAAGGAGUUUAUAGAUGCGCUAAGUGCAGAUUACAGUUUUUGACUUGUAAAGAAAAGAUGGAUCAUAAAACACAGCAUCACAGAACUUUCAGAAAGCCAAAACAACUGGAAGGCCUUCCUCCUGGAACAAAGGUCACAAUCAGAGCAUCUAUUGGUGCUGCAACAUCCCCAGUUACCUCUCCCACAUCCUCCAUUUCCAAAAAACCUGUUGCCACACCUCCCCAGAAAGCUUCCCAGCCUCCACCUGCCGCACCACCCCAGCCACCUCCUAAAGUCAAAAACACAACCCCUAAAAUCAAAUCCACUCCGACAGCAAAAGUUAAUGUACAGUCGCCCAAAGUUAACAAAGUUAAGUCUCAUCCAAAAAAGCCUGUGACUCCAUCCACUACAAGAAGAAUGAAGACGACUAAUACAGCUUUGCGCAACAUAAGGUUUAUCUCCGGAGUACAUAAAUGUAUGGAGUGUCAUCGUCAAGUGGUAGAUUUUGAGGGUCAUUUCCACACUUACGUACACUGCAGCAAGUGCAAGUUCAGUACCAGCUGUAAUAAAGCCUACACAAAACACAUGAUGAGCUUUCAUGGCAGAAAUUCCAGUAAACGUUCCAAGGCGUCUAGAAAGGGUCCUAAAGACAAAAGGCGGAUUACCGUGGUAUGCCUGAACUGUGAUUUCCUAACCGAUGUUUCUGGUUUAGACGAUAUGGCCAAACACUUGAGUGAAAGUCAUACUCAUUCAUGCCAAGUGGUUACAGAGAAUGUUUCCAUAUUUUCCUCAACUCAUGAAGGAGACAUGUCUAAAUCAAGACUUCAAUCUUCAAUAAAACAAAAGAAAAUCACUCACCAGUACGAAAAACCAGGCUCAAACAUUGAUGCAGUAACAGAUGACAGCAAAACGGAGAAAUACACACCAGGGGCAGCAAAGAAUAAAAAGAAUGCAUGUGGAAGUAUUAGGACCUCUCACGGCCAGAGAGGCAAAUUGUUAUAUAACAGAAACACUACAUCUGUGGAUCAAGUAAAUAUGACCAGUGAUACUCCGGACAGCUGUUCUCCAAAACCCGAAGAGAAGGAAACUCAUAUGAUUGAUUCAAAUAAUAAAGAUUCCUGUGAUAUUAUACAAGAGAAGCUAUCUUGUGAAGAAACUAGUCCAGAGCCAGGAAAACCUGCAGAUAACAACACGGUCACUACAGACAAUGAGGAAGAAUUGCGUUCUGUUGGUAAAGUAGAAGCCCUUCCGGAUUCUAAGCUUGCUAGUGACGCCGUUGGUUUUGAACAGUUUUUAAGAAAAGAAGCACCAGACUCUGUAAGUUCGGAUAUCAGUGAACCAAGUAGUGUUCAUUUAGAUCCAUUAACGCCUUCAGAAGUUUUAGAACAUGAGGCUACAGAAAUACUUCAGAAGGGGACUACUAUUGAUUCUCAGAAAGGCUCAAAUGAAGAGGAAACUGAAGAUGCUAAAGAUAGUAGCACAAAUACAUCUGCACUGAUCGAAACAGAGGAAGAACAAGAAGCAGUUUUGUAAAUGAUAGGAGCAGCUGUGGACAUUCCUGCUGAAGCAUAACAUGUUGGAUGUUUUUGUUAAAAAGUGGACUUAAUUUUGUGCGAUUAAUGGACUGCGUUUCGGAAUGAUUGCUGAACAACAGCAUUGUGCUUCAUAAGCAAGACGAGCAAAACAAAAGGAGUUUUGCUUUAUAGUUACUGUUAACAUCAGUGUUACUAUUACACAGUAUGGGGCAGCUAGGGAAGAAUGCCAACAUGCUAGUAGAAUACAUCUCAUUCUGGCUAGGUCAUUAUAAAUACAUUUUCUUUUGCAUUUUAAAAUCCUAAAUCAAAAUCUAUAAAGUAGAACAUGAUUUAAUUUUUUUUUUUUUAAUAAUCAUUUCUGUGAGAAUUAUUGAGGAUUCUUAGAUGGAGGACGCUAAAAAUAAAAAAAGAAUCCAUCUUUAUUGAAGACCAUCACGCCUACAUUUUAAAUAUAUUUUAUUUGUUGGGGGGGGACAAGAAUCUAUGCACCUCUGUACAGGUGUAAUCCUGCCAGCCUAAAUUUUAUCAUCUUUUAAACUUUCAGUGAAAGUGGAAAAAAUACAUUAUUGACAUGUUUGUGUAUAUAGUUCGAAAUAUAUAUAGGAAAUAUACUGCAGUAGUUCUUUUUGAGUAUGCAACAUAUUGAACCAUGAAUAUACUAUAAUCCAGAGCACAUAAGAUCAAGCUAUUUUACGGUUGUUAAAAUGGCACAGGAUUAAGAUUUCAAUAGCAGCAAAGUUAAACGGAAAGAAGCAUACCUGCCUUUUUUUCCAGUGAAAACAUGAUCUAUAGCAAAUUGAAGGGAUUGCAGUGUAUUGUAACCGUGCUAUUACCAUUUAAGGGAACGUAUUUCAAGUGACUGUCUCAUUGGAGACAGGUAUUUUGUGGGCUGAACCAUCUCCUGAGAAUACAUCCCAUCAAUAUACUAAGAACUAGAAUUGUCACACGUUAGUGGCGUCAUUAUUUCCUAGUAAAUUGAUUGUGUUCAGCAGACAACAUAGCUGCCUCCAUUGCAUGCAGGGCAGGUACACUUAGGACCACAAGUAUAAGGAAGUAUUGAAGUGCUGCUCCAAGGACUUGUAUUGGACAGUCUGACCAUUUUUUAUUGAUUUUUGCCUAAUGAACAGGCUAUGUGUUUAGCAUAUAUAUGCAUAUUCUCACUAUAGCUUGCUCAUAGAUACUAACCAAUGCCAUGAAUAGUAAACUACUAGAAUGUAGUUUUUGAGAACAUUUGAUUUAGUUAUGUUUUUGAAUGGAUGUUUUCUUGUUUUAAAAUAGAAUUGUUUGCUGUAAAUAUUCUUUUAGUAAAUGUUUGCAACAA